AUUUCAUGUUACUUUCGCAAAAAUUCAAUAAUCUUUGCAAAAUAAAAGCCAGAAAUUUUAUGUUAUUAACGUUAGUAAUACAAUGUUUAUUUUCCAAUAUAUCUAGGCAACUAAAGGCCUAAGAAUAAUAAUAAUUAAUACGUCUUACAAAUAAGUAUUAAGAUCAGAUAUAAGCAUUAAUCAUGACGGAUAAAGUCUUGUCACUUGGUCAGCGGGUUAUUCUCGUUGCUAAGGAUGUAAAGGGAACUGUGGCAUAUGUUGGGUACCCGACUUUCGCUUCGGGAAGAUGGGUUGGAGUGAUACUGGAUGAACCUAAGGGAAAGAAUAAUGGUACACUACGUGGUCAUGCUUAUUUUCGUUGUGAAGAUAAUUAUGGCGUUUUUGUACGUCCCACACAAAUCCAGCUUUUGGACGGAGAUGAUAAUCCCGUAGAUAUGACAACAUCUACGGAGGAACCAUCUAUUUUAAAGUCUUCUAGUAACCGGCGACUUAGCAGUAUAACAGUCGCGCAGAGGUCUAGGCCCACCACUGUGCGGAGGAAGGCGUCCCCGGCCCAGACGAAGGCCGGCACAUUGUCAAUGUCGAGCUCCAGGACAUCUCUAGCGAGCAGUCGACAAUCUCUAACGUCGUAUACAUCUCCGACUACUGAAAGAGCAACUUCACCGGAUCUGACAAAGAGAGCGUCAUUUGUUGAGACUAAUUUCGUCGAGACAUUAACCCCUCAAUACACUCCGGGUCAAAGUCUGACCUCCCCGCAACCAGCUCCUAACGCAGUAGAAGACAAGCUGGCCAACAUGCAAGCGCAGCAAGAGAUCACAAAUCUCAAAUCCGAAGUGGAAGAUCUGAAAGAGAAGCUGGAGACGCUCAGAGUGAGACGCGCAGAAGAUAGAGAGAAGAUUAGAGAGUUGGAGAGAUUACGUCUGCAAUUGGACCAAGCAAAUGAGUUCAAGACCAAAAUCAUGGAGUCCAAGGCUCAACUGCAGAGAGAUUUACAACGAGCUAAGCAGGAGGUCCGUGAAGCUCAAGAAGCGUUAGAAGCACAUAACGAAGAAACAGCAGAACUCCAAGAAGCAGCAGAGAUGGCAGCACUGGACAAGGAGAUGGCGGAAGAACGUGCUGAAGCGUUGCAGAUGGAAUUGGAGCAGUGCAGAGAUAAAUUGGAAGAGGCGACAUUAGAUCUGCAGCUGAUGAGAGCUGAGAUGGAAGCUGGCGGGAAUAUACAGCACCCGUACGCAGUGGGCGAGGGCGCCACCGGGUACGAGAUGAGAGCUCUCCAGCAACAGAAUGUCAGGCUGAGGGAGACGUUGGUUCGUCUGCGAGAUCUGUCAGCUCAUGAUAAGCAUGCAAUGCAGAAGAUGCAUAAGGAUUUGGAACAAUACAAAUCGGAGAUAGCAGAACUGAGUCGUACUAAAGAGAAGCUAUCAGCCAGAGUUGAGGAAUUGGAGGCACAGGUAGCUGAUCUCAGGGAGCAGGUGGAUGCGGCUCUCGGUGCUGAGGAGAUGGUGGAACAGCUGGCUGAGAAGAAGAUGGCGUUGGAAGACCAGGUGGAACAGCUAAAGCAGGACGUGUCAGAGCUGGAGGCGCUGCAGGAGGUGCACGAGCAGCUGGUUGAGUCUAAUAGAGAGCUGGAGAUGGACCUGCGCGAGGAAUUGGAGAUGGCGCACGCUGCUACCAGAGAGGCUGUACGUGAGAGAGAAGCUGCAAUGGAGACGAUAAUGGACAGAGACGCUACCAUUGUCAAGUUCCGGGAGCUGGUCCACAAGAUGACUGAACAGUACAAUGAAUUAAGAGCUCAAUUGGACACCAAACAAGAGUCACCACCAAGACCAGAACAACAAGAAUCCAGUCCAGAAGUUAGGGCUUCGCCACCGGAGUUAGGGUCUCUUGUGCAGGCGUCACGCGCCUCCACCCGCUCUGUAGACCUGCAGCUCAGGGCAUUAGAGCUGGCGCAGGCGAAGGCACGAGCGGACAUGCUGGCUGCGUGUCUACCUGAUCACUUCAUGUCUAAUGCUGGUGAUCACGACGCUAUUCUACUAAUUUUAUUAUUACAACGUUUGAAUACAAAAGCUGAUAUAAUAUUGGGACAAAUAAGAGAGAAAUUCCCAGCAGUGAACGUGUGGGAUAGAGAAGUGAUAACAAAGACACAUACAGCUGUACAAUACAGCUUCAGAUGUCAAUUGGAGUACCAAUUACAUAUGAUACAGUGUUUAGUCAGCAUGUGGUCAGGAGCGCUAGAAACUUGCAGUCCUGAAGUCCUGCUGCGAGCUGCAGGGGCGCUGCCAGAUGCAGCUGCGCAGGAGCGUGCGCUAGACGCACUGACGUCACUGCUCAGGACCAACGAGCUAGAUGAGAACUGCGCACUAGAUGGUGUGGAGCGAUGCUGGUCUUACCUGGCAGCGAUGUGGUCAGGUCUAGGUAUGGGAAGUAGUGCUGCUCGGGAGCCAGUGUUACGAGCUUGCAGUGCACUGGAUGCUCUAGCUAGGGCUCUGCACGCGGAUGCUAGUGCACUAUCUCAUGUAUUACAGGCAACAGAUAAACAGCACGAGCUGGGCCAGCUGCACGAAUUGAUACAGAACAGCAGCUCUGCUCUACAGCAGCAGCUGAAGAGUGUCCGACGACGACUCCCUCCUGGUGCGAGGUUGGACAAUGUACCGCUGGAUCUUCAGUUAGUAGAACGUCUUCGUACUGAAUGUGCGACUACACUUUGGCGCUGCGCACGCGCAGUUGCUCUCGCAGCUCGUGCAGCAGCUGCAUGUGCUGCUACAGCUGGAGAGCGAGGAGAGGGAGCUCCUCUCACAGCACAGGCGUUAUCUGCAGUCUGGGCUGCGGCCACUGAUAAAAUGUACCAACAGGAUGACCACGGUCCAGUACGUACAAUACGUCAUGCUCUCAACUCUGUGUCAGCUGAUGUCAACAAAUUGGCAACUUUCACACAGGACAAUGAAUAUGACAUGAUGUCACUCACAAAUGUGCAACAGGAUAAGCCUACACCACCAGUAGUACUACGAGCUCAGUUAGUCAAGAAGCAGUUAGAAGAGACAAAAACCCUCACCAUCAAGUUGGAGAACAAAGAGGCUGAUAUUAAAGAGCUCAAGAAAGCGCUUAAGGCGAAACAAGAGGAACUAUCAGAGAUGCAGAUACGUCGCGAGCUGGGUGAACGUAAGCUGUCAGCUGCAGCCAGCGCGGCUGAGCUACGCGCGGAACAGCUGCAGCGGAAGCUGGAUGAUGCUCAUAACCAGCUCAAGAGGAAGGAGAAAGAAUUCGAAGAGACAAUGGACCAUCUACAACAAGACAUUGAAUCUCUGGAGAGUGAGAGAGGAGCGUUACGAGAUAAGUUGAAGUUGUACGCGAAGAGAGGUGGCACUCAUCAUGCUGCGGUGACCCCACCAGCCUCACUGCGGGAGUUCGCACAGGAGGCACCAGUGAAAGUGGCUCCAGGAUACGCGGCUGAUGAAGUCAACGAGGCCCUACAGAGACAGAUCAAAGUCCUUAAUUGGACUAUUGAACGUGAGCGAGCUGCUCGCGUAGCGGCUUGUAAGCGAGCUGAACGCAGUACAGUGCGCGCGCUGCGACCACUUUACAAUCCGGACUCAGCCGCGGCGGUCGCGAGGAGGCAGGCCGUGCACAACCUGGAGAGACGGCUGCAGCAGCUUCAGUCGGAAUGGACUCUAUCAAUAGCCCGGUCUGGUCUGAUCAAGUUACCAGAGAAGAUGGUCGACUAUCCCAAAGUAGUUCAACAACAUAAAGAGAAACAACGAGAGAUUAGACGACAAUUGGAGGAGCGUUUAGCAUCUCUCCAGCUGGAGGCACGCAAUCUGCUGCUACUGUACAGACCAUGGCGUUGUGUUGAAGCGGACUUUGCCGAGUUCCCUACAACGGAACUUUCCGCUGCAAUGAACCCAAAGACGGUAGAUGUUGGUACACUCAAGUUCCCGGCUUCUGAUGAGUUUAAAGCUGACACCGUUUAUGUCACACCUACACAGCUCGCUGAACUACGUGAGCUGGUGACUGAGUUACAAUCAGAAGAUGUUAAAGUGGAAUUAGAUUUAAAGUUAGAAGGAUGUGCGGCUUAAAGCAAAAUAUAUCUUAUAGCUAUUGUAAUAAGAUGUAAUAUCUUAUGCUAGUAUUUAAAAUUUAGUAAGAUAAAAAA